GUUGCAGCACGUGCGCGGGCAGGGGGACUCGCAGUACGGCGAGCGCUCGCUGCGGGAUUUGUCAUAAUGGAUGAAAACACAGGAUACAAUAAAGUUGAAGAUGUGGUUGGUUGUCAUGUUGAAGAUGCUGUGACAUUUUGGGCACAGAACAUGAGUAGAAAUAAUGAAAUAAUGAAAUUAAGUCAUGCACUGGCUGAAGUUUGUCCUCAGGCCAACUCAGUUUUUGGCAAUCCUGAUUUUACUAAGAUCUACGGUGGAUGUUUUUCUGAAGAUAAAUGCUGGUAUAGAUGCAAAGUACAGCAAGUGAUCAGUGAUGAAAAGUGUCAGGUAUUAUACAUUGAUUAUGGAAAUUCUGAGAUGCUAAAUCGAUCAGAAAUAGUUGAGAUUCCAAAGAACUUGCAAUUUCCCAGCAUUGCUAAAAAGUAUAGACUCUGGGGACUACAGAUUCCUCCUGAUCAAGAUUUAAAUCAAUUUGACCAGGGGAGAAAGUUCUUAUGCAGUUUAAUUUUUGAAAAAGAAAUAAAAAUGCGACACAAAGCCACAUACCAGGAUGGUACCAUUGUUGCCCAGGCCGAGUAUGGAAAAGUGGAUAUUGGGGAAGAAGUGGCUAAGAAGGGGUUUGCUGAAAAAUGCAAAUCCCCUAUAAAUGCUAACAACUGUGAUGAGAAAAAAAUAGAUGUCGCUCAGUACCAACCCUGGAAUGCAAAAGUUUCAGCUCCAGCAUGGGAGAACAGACCCAAACCUUCAGUAUCCAACCGACUGAAAGGGCGUUUUGGUGACCAGAUAGGUACCAACAUGAGGAAUGAAAAUCAUACUGGGAACCAUAUGCCUUUUGUGAAGGAAAAAUUGAUGGCUCGUGACUUUAAUAUAGGGUCAAACAUCAGUUGCAAAAUAAAACAGGAUCAGAAACUGAUUGAAGAGAAUGAAAAGCUCAGAAACGAGAAAGAGGUUCUCCAGAAAGAGAAUCAAAUUCUCCUCCAAAAUUAUAAAGAACUAGAAUCGACAAUUGCAUACCUGAACCAUCAAGUGCAGGAAGAAAAGGAAACAUCUAAGGAAACUCUUAAACAUUUGGGGAAAACUCUGCAAACGUAUGUAGGAACUAAAAUGAGAAGUUUGGCUGCCCAGAUUGAGGUUCUGAAAAACGUUAGGUGUUCACAUAUGAAUGUUCAUUUUGGAGAUGACCUCUUCAGAGCUGUAAAGGAGGUUACUGAAAGAUGUGUCAUUGCUCCAUCUUCCUUGGAAAAGUUGGAGAAGAUUUGGGCAGAAUAUAACUUGGCUCAGGAGAUGAUUCAGUUGUGCAGAAAUGUGAAUGAAAGUGAUAGCUUGAUUCUCAAGAGAAAUGAAGUGCGACAGAAUUUGUAUUCUGCAGUGGAAGAAUUCAUUCUGGAAGUGGAUGAGCUACCUCUCUCUGAACGGUCAACUAUUUUGCAGGAACUGUCUGGUUCUCUGGAGGCAAUAUAUGGUCAAGUUAGUGAAGCAAAUGACUCUGAGGAGGCAUUUCAGCAGUUUUUUGAGUGGAAGCAAACUAAACUGGAGGAAUUCAAUCGUGUCAGAAGUGUUACAAAUGCUUCCCUACAGAUUCUUGCAACAUGGUUCAGUGGCAUGAAAAAGCUUUUUGACCUGACAUCAGAAGUAUCUCUGAAGUCAGAAGAAGUGGUUGGCAAUGUGGAUGAAGUUCUUGAGAAGGCUGAGUCAGAUAUCUGCAAAGAGCUGGAGAUUUCUCUAGUUGAACAAGAUGAAGCAGAUAAGGAAAUAAUCUUAAAUGCUUACAGUAAAGUUAUACGGAAGAUCCGUCAGGAGCAACAUCUAAUCACUGUAGUACAGAGCAAGUAUUUGGCCAGUGUUGAGUUUAAAAAGCAGAUUGUGGAAUGGUUGAAUAAAAGCCCCAACAUUGACAAUUUGUUAUCAAUUAAGAAGACUUUGAAAAAUGUAAAGGCACGACUCAGAUGGAAGUUGGUUGAGAAGAGCAACUUGGAAGAAUCUGAUGAUUACAGUGAGUAUGAAAUAACAAAAAUAAAAGAAGAUAUCACUGGACUGAGAAACAAUCUUAUUCAGGAAAUAUACAAUGAACAAGAAGAAUAUGAGACGCUUACUUACCUGGUGCAGAAAUGGUUCCCUGAGCUGCCACUCCUUCACCCAGAAGCGGGAAUUCUGAAGUAUAUGAACUCUGGUGGACUUCUGGCAGUCAGCUUAGAACGGGAUCUUCUUGAUGCUGAACCUCUUAAGGAAUUGAGCACGAAGCACCCGUUAGUGUGUUCAGAAGUUCAAGAACAGAAGGUUCUUUUAAAGGGCUAUGCGGUAGAUGUGAGCACAGAGGCAAAAGUGAUAGAAAGAACAGCCAGAUAUCACAGAGCUUGGAGUGAAUUUAAGGAAAAAUCUGGAUUAUUACAGUUGAUGUUCCUUUUUCUGUGCAAGUCUGAUCCUUUGGUAUAUCUGAUGGUCCCAUAUUACCCAGGAGCGAGUCUAGGAGCACUGCAAGCGAGUACACCUUUAACUUCAGAAGAAAUAUUGAAAGUGAUGGAAGGAGUGGCACGUGGUCUGCAUACGCUGCACAAAGCUAAUAUAGUUCAUGGAUCUCUACAUACAAAUAAUGUGUUUGCUGUGAAUCGAAAACAAGGAAUAGUUGGAGACUUUGACUUCACCAAAUCAGUGGAUCAACGUGCCUCUGCGGACUCUAUGGUAGUGGGUAACUUGAACUUAAUUUCACCUGAAUUGAGAAUGGGACACCUGGCAUCUCCAUCCUCUGACAUGUAUGCCUAUGGCUGCCUUCUAUUCUGGCUAUUUGCUGGAGACCAAGAAUUUAAAAUUAAGGAAAAUGGAACCCCUGAAGUGGAUGAACUUAAUAUGGAUGAUAAGGUUAAAUCUCUACUCUUGAAUCUCAUCUGCAGUAACAGAAUGACAGCUGAGCAAGUGCUGAAUGAUGACUGUUUCUUGUUGCCUGAUGUGAUCCCAGCUCCACCACAGAAUGAACCUGGUGAAAAACUUGAAUGUGAAAAGGCAGAGGAGAAAGGCGAGGUCAUAAUCAAUUCUGACAAGAAGAUAGAUGAUGAGGAGGAGAUGGACCCUUCUCAGUAGGCCAGAGGACUUGCCAGCCAUUUGCUUCAGUUAUUUUUAUUUUGAGUUCUAAAAGAAAAAAAAAAGAAAAAGUUACAAGGGAUCUGAAAGUAGUUGUCCUACGCUCAAAUAUUCAAAAUAUAAAAGGAUUUGGUAAGCCUAACCAUUUUUGUGUAAUUACAGGUGUGGUCCCUUCGUUGGGAUUUCUUUUAAAAAAGUAUGUUUCUGCAUAACUGUUUGAAGUUAAGAGCAUGAUGAUGCUAAUUAAGGCAGUAGCAAGAAGAAAUGCACUUAAGUUUAUCAAUGCUUUGCUUUUUCAUUUGACCAUUCUGAGGACCUUUUGAGGAGAUGUUAUCUACUGGUGGUAGAGCUGUUAGCCAGAUACCAGGAGAUCAGACAUGUGGCAUCAUGACUCCUUUUUAUGCCCGCUAUCCUCUUCCUCUCACCCCAGCUCUUGCUCUGUUCCCUUCCAAGAUGUUUCUGUUAAAAUAGAUGACUGCUGCUCUUACUGAGUGGCCAGUGAUGUGUUUUGUCAGAUAGCCAGGCAGGUAUUCCAACAGCAGCUGCCUCCAAGACAAAAACCACCCGUGGUGCUUUGAGAACUGGUCAGCAGAAUGUACUAAGUGAAGAGAGCUAACAAGCCUAUUUUCCCUCCCCAGAGUCCAAGCAAGGUAUGUUUGAGCCCUUCUGACUUAGUUGGCAAAAGGCCAAGGAUAUUGUGUCUGUCUCAUCUUUGCAGUGCUGCCUCCAUGCCACCUGUCUGGCCAAAUAAAAUACCAGGCCUUGUUAUCGCAAGAAAAUCUUGCUUGUCUGUUUAUAAAAGCGUGUGUGUGUGUGUGGGGUGGUUUUUUAUAAGAAAUCAUUUAGUAUCUUCCAGGUUUUGAUCUCUGACAAACAUAAAUAAGAUUUCUGAAUGUUUGUCUAAAUAUAUUUUGAAGACUGCAGAUUUUCAUCCUGCAGGGAGGAUACAGUUGUUUGAAUGAACAAAAGAAUAAAAACUCAAAGUAUUAUGCAAAAUUUGGAACAAGUCUAUUUAUAACUACUUGGGUGCAAGAAGUCGCUCCUGACUUGCAUGUUUAUUGAAGCCACUGUUGAGUCACUCUUUCAUUCAGUAGCAUAUUUGGAGACCGAAAUGGGAAGGAGGGAGCAGCAAUGGAAAAGAAAAGGAACCAGAGACAUAAUUCCUGUAAGAAUAUAUCUGGCCACAGGGUGUUGCUCUUGACUGGUAAUAUUUCUCUUGGACAGCGUUUUAGCCGGAGACUAGUGUGUGUAGGGGAACUUUUAACAGAAUUGCUGUUAUAGGCCAUUACCAUUUGAAGAACGUACAGUGUUGUGUUUUUUGUUUUGAGGAAAGACUUGGAAGUUUCAUACAGUGAUACAGUCAAUGCUGGACUUAAGAUGCAGUCUUGGAAUUGCUUCUGUAACGUUAAUGUUUUGCUGGAGGUGGUAUUUCAGCUUUAAAUGAUAUUUGAUUUGUUUUUUGGACUUUGUUUUGUUAUAGAAUAUUUUAUUAAAAUGUCUUAUUUUUCUGAUUAGAGGACACUGAUUUUCAGAUAUUU